AUGGCUGAAAUUGAGGAGACAAUAGAUAAGCAGCUGGAGAGGAUCAUCAGAGAAAUCAUCCUGGAGGAAGAGAGACUGAUCAAGGAAGUAUUUAGUGACGAGCUCGAAAACAUCCAGAAGCAACAUGCAAUUGAUCUGACUCUGGAUCCAGACUCAGCACACCCCUGCCUCUCAGAGGACAGGAAAGAAGUGAGGGAUGGAGGCAGACGAAGGAACAUCUCUGACAACCCCCAGGUUCAACUUUCUCUAUUUUAUCCUGGGAGAAGAGGGUUUUUCCACCAGCAAGUUCUAUUACGAAGUCCAGGUAAAAGGGCAAACAUGCUGGGAGGUUGGCGUGGGAAGAGUCCAUCAACAGGAAAGGCAUGGAUUUGUCCCUCAGCCCAGAGAGUCGAUCCUGGACUCUGGGUUAUUAUUUUGGACACCUCCAAGCUAAAACCAAUCCUCCUGUGGUUUUGCCCCUGCCUGUAG